UUGCAAAGAUGGUUGAGGAAUGCUUGCGGGGGGGGGGUUGCUGCUUGUACCCUUGAAGCAAGUCUGUCCAUGCCAAGCCUAAGCGCUGUUCCAACUGAGGACAGGUGGAGCCCUCUGUUUCUCAGGAAAGCAAGCGUUCUCCGGACGUUGACUCCUGGCCCACGGAAUUCGCGAGGGAUCCGUCACCUCGCACGUGGCAAACCUCUGGGGAGCAUCGCAUCCCACUGGGCCGAUCAGGGCAACAUUCGCUGCCGAUUCGCGCUUGCGGCCGCAUGCCGGGGGAUCCCUCCCGCGCAGGCAGCCUUCCCAGGCCCCCACUGACGCCUCUUCCGUGCCCCCCAGCACAUCUCCGCCAUGAGCCGCCGGGUGGUGCGCCAGAGCAAGUUCCGGCACGUCUUCGGGCAGCCGGUCAAGGCCGACCAGAUGUACGAAGACAUCCGCGUGUCCAAGGUGACGUGGGACAGCUCCUUCUGCGCCGUCAACCCCAAGUUCCUGGCCAUCAUCGUGGAGUCGGGCGGUGGCGGAGCCUUCCUCGUUCUGCCUUUGGCCAAGACCGGCCGCCUGGACAAGAACACCCCCCUGGUCACAGGGCACACGGCCCCCGUACUGGACAUCGACUGGUGUCCACACAACGAUAACGUCAUUGCCAGUGGCUCUGAGGACACGACCGUCAUGGUCUGGCAGAUCCCCGACUACCUCCCCAUGCGCAACAUGACCGAGCCGGUCGUCACCCUGGAGGGGCACUCCAAGCGCGUGGGCAUCUUGACCUGGCACCCGACGGCACGCAACAUCCUGCUCAGCGCAGGGGGCGACAACGUGGUCAUCCUCUGGAACGUGGGCACCGGGGAGGCCCUGCUCACGCUGGACGACCUGCACUCGGACCUCAUCUACAACGCCUGCUGGAACCGCAACGGCAGCCUCCUCCUCACCACCUGCAAGGACAAGCACCUGCGCGUCAUCGACCCGCGGCAGCGCCGGGUCGUGGCAGAGAAAUGCAAGCCGCAUGAGGGCGUGCGCCCCAUCAGGGCCACCUUCUUGGCCGACGGGAAGGUCUUCACCACGGGCUUUAGCAAGAUGAGCGAGCGGCAGCUGGCACUCUGGGAUUUGAAGCACUUCGAGGAGCCGAUCGCCCUGCAGGAGAUGGACACCAGCAACGGGGUCCUGCUGCCCUUCUACGACCCCGACUCCAGCAUCGUCUACCUGUGCGGCAAGGGGGACAGCAGCAUCCGGUACUUCGAGAUCACCGACGAGGCGCCCUUCGUGCACUACCUGAGCACCUUCAGCAGCAAGGAACCGCAGCGGGGCAUGGGCUUCAUGCCCAAGCGCGGCCUGGACGUCAGCAGGUGCGAGAUCGCCAGGUUUUACAAGCUGCACGAGCGCAAAUGCGAGCCCAUCGUCAUGACCGUCCCACGGAAGUCCGACCUCUUCCAAGACGACCUGUACCCCGACACCCCGGGCCCCGAGCCGGCGCUAGAAGCAGACGAGUGGCUUUCAGGGAAAGACGCCGAGCCCACCCUGAUCUCCCUCCGGGACGGCUACGUGCCGGUCAAGAACCGUGAGCUCAAGGUCGUCAAGAAGAACAUCCUAGACAGCAAGCCCCCCACGGGCCCCCGGAGGAGCCAGUCCUCCUGCGAGUCUUAUUUUUCCCAUGCUGCCCUGGAGGAGCUCCUGCAGGACAUCCGCUCCCUCCGGCAAACGGUCCAGGAGCACGAGAAGCGCAUCACCGAGCUGGAGAACAUGCUCUGCGAGUUCGCCAACGGGACGGACUAGCUCCCCGCUCCGGCCACGACCCAGGCGCCCCUUCCGAA